UUUAGGAUGUGUCGAAAUGUCGGAGGAAAUAAAACAAAAAAGUUCCUAUAAACUCUUGGUGGCUGCUAUUGACUUUGGCACAACUUAUUCUGGAUAUGCCUAUUCUUUCAAGGACAACUGGGCAAAAGUUGUGGCAAAUAAGUGGGCAAGUGGGAACCUAAUGUCUCACAAAGCACCGACAGCUCUCCUCUUAAAUCCAGACCAAUCGUUUAAUUCAUUUGGAUAUGAAGCAGAGAAAAAUUAUUCUGAACUUGAUGAAUAUGGGGGAAAAUGCGAGGACUAUUACUUUUUCCACAGAUUUAAGAUGAUUUUGAAAACAGAAUUAGAGAAGAGAGUCAAUAGAAAAACCAAAUGUAUGGAGGAAAACAAAAAGGAGCUGGAUGCUAUUGUGGUCUUUACCCACUGCAUACGAUAUUUGAAAGAUCAUCUUCUUGAAGAAAUAAAUAAAACCCUUGUAACGAAAUCGGAAACAAAAAUUGAAGUAAAAGACAUCACUUUUGUCAUCACUGUGCCAGCAAUUUGGGAUGAUACAGCAAAAAUGUUCAUGAGAAAAGCUGCAGAAGCGGCUGAAAUUCCGAGUGAUCAGUUGCUUCUAGCACUGGAACCAGAGGCUGCAUCUAUUUAUUGCCAAUAUAUGCACUUGGAAAAUCCGGACAAUACGAAGAAAAAAGAAAGUAUCAACUCUAAGUACAUGGUUCUUGAUAUUGGAGAUACUAAAAUAAUUCAAAAAUUGGUAAAAAUUGGACUAAUUCCGGCAACCGGCGGGGCAUGGGGAGGCACAUGUGUAGAUAAAGCGUUCCACAAAUUUCUGGAGAACAUUUUGGGUGAUGAGGUCAUGGAGAAGUUUUCGUCGGAUAUAGAUUACAAAGAUGACUAUUUCACAUUCUGGCAAGGUUUUGAGACCAAGAAAAGUAACAAAAUAGGAACAGCUGUUAGUGACAAUGUUCAUAUAAGGCUUCCAUUGGGAUUAGAGGAUAUUGUUAAAGAAGUUUUUAACUAUAAACACAUGAAAAGGGGCGAACCAAUAAAACGAUGUAUUGAAAAGUCUAUUUACAAUGGCAAGAUAGAAUACAAAGAAAAGUUUCGGGGAAAGCGUUUGGUCAUACCCGAGCAAGCAGAUUUGGCUGUUCUGAAGGGAGCGGUAUAUUUUGGUCAUAUUCCAGACGCUAUUUCUAAACGGGUUGCUAGGUAUACCUAUGGCAUUCAAACUUGGCCGAAAUUCGACCAAUCCAAACACGAUUUAAAGAAAAAAGAGAUGGUUUCCGGAGAAGAAAGGUGUAGAGAUGUCUUUUUAAAAUUUAUUUCCAAAGGAGAUCAUAUUGAACCUGGAAUGAGGAAGUCAUACAUUUUUAAAUCGCUGCAAAAUGAAAAGAGGAAAUUAGAGUGUGGGGUAUUUAUAUCGAAUUCCGAAGACCCUACAUAUAUUGAUGAAAAAGGAUGCUGCAAAUUAGGAACAUUAGAAAUUCCAAUGGGCGAUCGAAGUGAAACAACUGAAAUUGAAGAAUCUAUUAUUUUUGGAGAAACGGAAAUUCGAGUGAAAGCCUGUAACUUUACUACUGGAGAGCGAUACGAGGUGAAAUUUGAUUUGCUGGCUGAGGAUAUUGAUAUGCCCGAUAGCAGGACUUGGAGUGUGCACUGAA